UACAGGUCAGGACACGGCUGAAACUAGUCACUGCAGACUGGACUCAGAGAUACACCAACACACUCAUACACAAAGACGAAUCUGAUUGAGAGUCAUGAAGGUCCUUGUGGUGCUCGCUCUGGCUGUAUUCACUGGCUGCCACGCUAACCUGUUCUACGCUGAUGAGCCUAAGCCACAGCUGGAGCAGCUGACAGAUGCCUUCUGGGACUAUGUCGCCAAGGCAACGCAAACGGCCGACGACACCGUCCAGAUGAUCAGGAAGUCUCAACUGGGACAGGAUGUCAAUGACCGCAUCACAGAGAGUGCUGAUGUGGCCAGCCAAUACGCAGUCUCCCUUCAGGAGCAGCUUCCUCCUGCAGCCAAGGACCUGAUGACCAAGAUUACACAGGAGGCUGAGGUGCUGAGAGAGCGUCUGGAGCAGGACCUGGGCAGCGUCAAGGGGAAACUGGAGCCAUACGCAGAGGAGAUCAAGACACAAGUCCAGCAGAGAGUGGAGCAGCUGAAACAGGAUCUGGCCCCCUAUGCAGAGUCCCUGGACUCUGAGGCCCUGAGGGCCACCCUGCUCCAGAAGAGUGAGGAGCUGAAGGGGAGUCUGGAGCAGAGUGUGAAGGAGAUGCAGUCCCAGCUGGGUCCCUACACAGAUGAGCUGAAGCAGAAAGUGGACCUGCGCCUUCAGGACUUCCAGAAGAGUAUGGCCCCCCUGGCCGAGAACCUCCAGAGCCAGCUGACCACCAGAGCUCAGAUGGUGCAGAAGAGCCUGGCCCCCUAUGCUGAGGACCUGAAGGACAAGCUGGACCCCUACGCCCAGGACCUGAAGGCCCAGCUCACCGCCCUCUACCAGGCCUUCACCAACACCAACUAAAUCACAAACCCUUUCCUCCAACUGACUACUCUUUCCCUUUUGACGACUGUAUUCUCCCUUCAAAGCCUUAGAACAUGCCACCAUGGUCAAUAGAAUGAGGGAGAGUUUACAAAGAUGAACUUGGUAAUGCAGAUGAGGUCCAUUCUAAAUUUUGUAUGAACUGAAUUGGCUCUGAUGAGUCAAUGACAUCUUUGUAUUUUGUUUGUUUGUUAUCUGAAGGUUGCUCAGUGACUGUGCCAUAUUGGUGUUGUAUUCUUAAUUUAUAGAAAUAAAAAGCAAAACUAAACAUAA